GGCAUAGAUAAAAAAUAAUGUCAAACAAAACAUGUCGAAAUCUCAACGAGAUCUCAUUGAAUUAAUAACAAAAAUAACAGGGUAAUAAAAAGGUUACAUAAACAGUGUAUUUAUUUUUACAUGUUUCAGUUUUAUAAGUGCACUUCUAUAAUGCAGAGGAAUGUCGCCGUUUUCAUCAUUGGGUUUCUUUUAUUAUGUUUAUCUUGCAAUUACACUUUUCCACUGCACAGAGACCUGAAAAACUUUAUUGGAGGCAAAGAAGAAAACACCAGCAUAAUAUCAUGUUCCCAAGACCCUCUUGUAAAUGAGGCCCAAUCCAGUGAAAGCAAACCAAUUCACGCAGAUACCAAAACUGAAACAUUAAACCACACCUUUAGCGAAGAUGACUUGCGCCAUUACGAGCAGAAAGUGAUCAUGAAGAAGUACCCGUAUCUUGAUAUGAAGGAGCUUGAGCAACUCCGUCCGUCAUUGAAGGUCGUGCGACAGAACGCGAAGUUUGCACAGGACGAGGAACCUUUGUGUCCCCCGGAGCACAGCCUUUGCAACGGCAUCGUAGUGGAGGAAGGGCCCGAUGUAGAGAUCAUCAACCGAGGCCUGUCUGGGUUUUUUCUGCCCGCAGUUAGCAAGAUUACGGUGCUCAAGGAUGAAACACCGAGGUCUGAUGAUAUUCUGAUCCCGAGAAUCCCUUUAGCCGACCCGGCGUUAGAGAGCCUCCAUAACGAUGUAGUGGAGUUUUAUAAACAGUUAAAUAGCGUUAAUAAAGACUCAAAUUGAUGUGAA